UGUGUGAGCUCCCGUCUAGAGUCUCCAGACUGAAAAUUUCACAUCCACCUAGAUCUCCAGUUUUUCUUUGUGCUUUCCGAUGACUGUAACACCUUUCACUAAUCUAUUUCUCACGGCAUAACAACUUGAGGAAAAUAUAAUUUACUUUCGUCCAUAUAAUUUUUAUAAACCAAUUUAUUUAUGUAUUCUUCCUUAUCUUAUUGAAGAUUUUCUGCAAUUUGAAAAGUCCUAGAGUUUGCAACCACACAAACUUAAACUUAGAUGUCUGGAAGGAGAAAAAAUGAAUCAUGUUCACUGUUAUAAAUAAGGAUUAUGUUUGCUGUAUGAAUAUGCACUACUAUUACCCAUAGUUCUUCCCCUCGCCUUUUCUCUUUUCUUAUUGUGAAACCAUGAUUUUCCCAUUCCUCACCCUCCUCUUUGUGGUUUUAGCAACAUCAAAAAUCACUGUAUUUGCAUUUGCAAACAAUGAAACUGAUCGACUGGCACUGCAAUCUUUCAAGGCUUCUAUAACUAAUGACUCAUUGGGUACGCUACACUCAUGGAACAAUUCCAUCCACUUCUGUCAGUGGAAUGGCGUUACAUGCAGCUCCAGGCGCCAGAGAGUAACCGCACUCGACCUCAGCUCACAACAUUUGGUGGGUACAUUGUCUUCUCAUAUUGGAAACCUCUCGUUUCUCAGGGUGCUUAGCCUCUAUGAUAACGACUUUCAUGGCUCAAUCCCUAAUGAAAUUGGUCGACUCUUUCGCCUGCAAGUUCUCUCACUGGUAAAAAAUUCUUUUCAAGGUGGAUUGCCUCCCAAUUUGAGUCACUGUGUAGAUAUCGAAGUCAUUGAUUUGGCUGAUAACCAUCUACAUGGAGAACUACCUUCCGAGUUUUCUUCUUGGACUAAGCUUCAAUAUUUUAGUCUUAAGGAAAAUAAAUUCGCGGGAUCAAUUCCGCCUUCAAUAGGGAAUAUAUCAUCUCUUGGCGCUCUUGAUCUAUCCCAGAACAACCUACAGGGGCAUAUACCUUUUGAAGUUGCUCAUCACACAUACUUGGAGCAUCUUAAUUUGGGAACUAACAGUUUGUCAGGAAUGGUUCCCCUACCAAUAUACAACAUCUCAUCCCUCAUUUUUGUUGAUCUAAGCAGGAACAAUCUUGAAGGAACACUUCCAGCAGAUCUUGACUUCACCCAGCUGCAAUAUUUCCUUGCCGCAGAGAACAGAAUUUCAGGCCCACUUCCACCAUCUCUAGCUAAUGCAUCCAAUCUCAUCAUUUUUGACAUCAUUGGAAACAUUAUCACUGGGCCUAUACCAAACAAUUUCGGUAGGCUUCUUAAUAUUCAGUGCCUGAAUAUGGGUUAUAAUCCACUUGGAGGCGGCAUGCUGCCCAAUGACUUGAGUUUUCUUAAUUCACUGGUCAAUUGCAGCCAUCUUGACUCAUUGGACUUUGCAAGCACUGGAAUAAGGGGGGAGCUCCCUAAUGCCAUUGUGAAUCUCUCCACCACUAUUGAACACAUCUCCCUGGACGAGAAUCACAUAUACGGAAGCAUACCUCGUGAAAUUGGGAAACUUGAAAACAUCACUAAACUUUCAUUGUUUCACAACCUAUUAACAGGAGCCAUUCCAGAAUCAAUUGGAAAGCUAUCAUGGCUAGGCGAAUUAAAUUUGGCAGAGAACAAGCUUUCAGGAUCAAUUCCAACUUGCAUUUCCAACGUUACCAAUCAGUUUGUCAGACUCCGGUUAGAAGGUAAUAUGCUCAACGGAAGCAUACCUGCUGAAUUGUUUAACAUCUCAACUCUAGAGCAGGUAUCCCUUGCUGAUAACAGGUUUGAAGGGGUAAUACCCGAGAAAAUUGAGGUUUUAUCCCAUUGUAUUCAUCUUAAUUUGUCUCAAAAUCUACUCAGCGGUGCACUUCCAUCCAACAUUGGAAGAUUGGAGCAUUUGGUUGAACUAGAUGUUUCAAACAACAAAUUAAGUGGAGAUAUACCGGCUAGUCUCAGUCGUUGUGUAAUGUUGGAGACACUAUAUAUGGGAGGAAACUCUUUUCAAGGUGAAAUUCCAUCUUCUUUCAAAACUUUGAAAAGUCUUAUUUUUCUAGACCUUUCAAACAAUAACAUAUCUGGGGAUAUUCCAAUUUUUUUUGAUGGAUUUCGUCUAAUGAAUUUCCUUAACCUGUCACACAACAAGCUUGAAGGUAAAGUGCCUGAAACAGGUCUGUUUUCAAAUGCUAGUGCAUUUUCAGUCCGUGGAAAUUUGGAGCUCUGCGGAGGCAUUCCAGCAUUGCGUUUGCAUGUUUGCCGGAAUAAGAACAAAACAAUUUCUAUGAGAAUAGUACUUCUUCUAGUUUUUCUACCCCUGAGUAUCUUGUUAAUUAUAUCUUUUGCCUUAAUCUGUUAUCGAUGUCGAAAUUCCAGAAAGUUAUGUGAACCUGUCCCAGUACUGGAAGAGAGUCCAUAUCUUAGACUCUCGUAUCAAGACCUUUUUGUAGCUACAAAAGAGUUUUCCCCAAAGAAUUUGCUCGGAGAAGGAAGAUACGGUUCCGUUUACAAAGGAGUUCUCAAAUCAAUGGAACACGUAGGCAUGAAAAUCAUAGUUGCUGUGAAGGUAUUAAAAGUUGAAAUAAGUGGAGCCAACAAAAGCUUUUUGGCAGAGUGUGAAGCAUUGAGGAAUAUCCGUCAUCGGAAUCUUAUCAGAAUCAUUACAACAUGCUCUAGCACUGAUUUUGAGGGCAAUGACUUUAAGGCACUGGUUUUUGAGUUCAUGAGUAAUGGGAGUGUGGACAACUGGUUGCAUCCAAGUCCUUCGCAUCAAGGAAAUAAAGAAAACUUAUCUCUACUCCAGAGGCUAAAUAUUUCCAUUGAUGUCGGCAUGGGACUGGAAUACCUACAUCAUCACAGUAGUCCAACUAUCAUUCAUUCUGAUAUAAAGCCAAGCAACAUUCUUCUUGACGAGGAAUUUGUUGCUCAUAUUGGUGAUUUUGGUUUGGCAAAGUUUACUUUCCCUACUACAGGUGAUCACAAUCAAGCACAAAUGAGUUCUACCGGUGUACGUGGAACAAUUGGAUAUGUUCCUCCGGAGUAUGGAAUGGGUGGGGAGAUAUCUACGAAAGGUGAUGUGUAUAGCUAUGGAAUUUUUCUACUAGAAUUUUUUUCAGGAAGACGGCCUACAGAAUGCGGUGAUGGUAGCAAUCUUCAUGAGUAUGUGAGGAAUGCACUGCCGUAUAAAGUAAUGGACAUUACUGACCCGCGGAUUUUACUAGAUCAGGAAGAACUUGGCUUGCCUGCAAAUCAAUCAUACAACAGAGCUGCCGUGGAGUUAUGCAUGGGUUCAAUAUUUGAAGUGGGGAUAUUGUGUUCACAAGAAAUGCUACAAAAACGAAUUGACAUUAGUGUUGCUAUUAAACACUUACAUAUGGCAAGAGACAAACUUCUACAGCUCAUAUAGUAACCUCCAUGAGAGUGGCAACUUGAUCUAUACAUAUCUACUGUGAGAAGGAACCUAUGUAUUUCAGUUUCCUAUCCUUUUAUUUGUGAUUGUUUAUCAGUGUGUUGCUUAAUAUAAAAGUUUUCUUAAUAUAUUACCA